AUGGUGGUACACAAAAGGAAGAUGGGAUUUAUUUUUGCCCUUUACGUCAUGUACGUCCUCACUCCGGUGCACCAAGCAGAACUUCCAAACGCCACCAUUUCAGAUCUUUCCUUCAAAAAUAUGGAGUUUGCCAUGAAGCUUUACACAAAAAUAUCCAGUUACCAUGACAAAAACAUCUUUUUCUCACCUAUGAGUAUCUCUACCAGUUUUGCUGCUCUCCUAAUGGCUUCUGAUGGUGUCACACAUGAGGAAUUACUCAAGGGACUCAAGCUGGAGGAGCUGGAGAAGGCUGACCAGCCAGAGCUUAUCCCAAAUCUAUUUCAAUUACUCCAUGACAACAUUACACAGAAUGGAUCACUAAACCUGAACCAAGGCAUGGCCAUGUUUAUGCACCGGCAGUUUGAGGUAAAGAAGAAAUUUGAAGACCAAAUGAAGAAGUUUUUUCAUGCUGACAUCAAAACUGUAGACUUUGCAGACACAAAAGAAAGUAUGAGGGUCAUCAAUGAGUACAUCAAGCACAAGACUGAGUAUAAAGUGACAGAGGUGAUUUCCUCCCUGGACCCCCUGACCCAGCUCAUGAUAAUCACCACAAUUUUCUUCCAGGGAGCCUGGCAGAGGCCUUUCAACCCCAAUGUCACUGAAAGAGCAUCCUUCUUCAUUGAUAACUAUAACAUCGUUCAAGUGCCAAUGAUGCUUCAAGAGGAUAAGUUCUUCACGAUGGAGGAUGUUUCUCUUGGAGUCAAAGUGCUUAAGCUACCAUAUGAGAAGGGUGUUUCCAUGCUCAUCGCGCUGCCCAAUAGAGGCAUAGACUACACUGUAAUUGACGAUGAGAUCACAGCUGAGAGGUUCCUCAGCUGGGUCAAAAAGCUGCAAAAAGAGAAACUGGAAGUCAGCAUGCCUAAAUUCAAGAUGGAGCAGUCGUAUUCCCUGCAUCAUAUUCUACCAGAUAUGGGCAUGGUCAGUAUCUUCGGUACUUCAGCCAAUUUGACAAAGCUGAGUAAAGACGAGUUCAUCAAGGUGUCAGAGGUGCUGCACAAGGCUGUGAUUGAGGUGGAUGAGAUGGGGACCACCGCGGCGGCUGUCACAACCACUGGGAUUAUUCCGUACUCCUUACCCAGGACCUUUAUCAUCAACAAACCAUUUUUCUUCUUCAUAUACCAUGAGGAUACAAAUUGUCUGUUGUUCAUGGGCAGGGUCAUUGACCCCACCAACAACUAG